ACCUGGCGUUAAGUAUAAAAGCAGAUGCAUGAUUCAUCUGCUUCAGAUUCACACUUCACUGUCUCACAGAGUUCAGCUUAGCUUAUAACUGAAUUCAGCUCUUGACGUCACUACUAUUUUGAAGAUGAGGAUUCUUCUGCUUUUGGUUUUUCUUGGACUUGCUGUGAUCAACGCCUCUCCUGUUGACUCUAUGACCCAGAUGCCUGUCAGGCCAGAGGAGGACGUUCUUGAAGAGGUCAUUACAGACGGCUUCCUUGUUGACCACAUUUUUGGCACAUCGGCCACAACUGAGCCGCCGAAAAUAAACACAACCAUUCAGGAACCUUCUGAAGUCUUUACUGAAGGCAGCGGCCUCUUAGAAAACCAUCUUGCUUCUAAGACCGAAUACCCGGAAGCACCCACAACCAUCCAAACGUCCUCUCAGCCAAUCUCUGACUCAAGCGAGGGCAGUGGUUUCUUAGUGACACCUACUUUGCCAAUAAUCCAAACACCUGAACCUACAACUAUUCCUGCAUCUCCACAUACCAAUGAAGAGGGAAGUGGUGUCACAGAUAACUGCAUUUCAUCAUCCACAGACUCAGGAGAAGGGAGUGGUAACUUCUUUGAUCCCAGUUCAAGUACUACAACAACAACUCUGGCAGCUUCAACCAAACCGAUUCCUACCACCACAGAGCAGAAAAUGCCUCAAAACAGGAGGUUGCCACCAGUUCAUCAUCAUGAGAUCAUUUCAAAGGAAAAUGGGGUUUCAACACAAGUGCAGCCUUUUAAUGGUAAGUUUUAUGAAACUCAAUUAUGAAACAGUUUAACGUAAUAUAUUAUAGAACAGUUUUUUAUGUCAGUGCCUUAUUCUCACAUGUCCUGUCUCUUUCAACUUAGGGCCCCAAAAUAAACCAGAAAUGUCAAAAGGACACAGCACACCUGAUUGGAUCAUUAUCGUUGGAUUUCUUGUUGGGCUAGCAGCUCUUGUAACACUUUGCGCUGCUAUUGCUACCAGAGACAAAUGGAAUGCAAAGCAGAUAUCCGUGAACGAAACUAAUGCCUCGAACCAGAAGAGGGAGCAGGAGAUGCAGACAUUCCUACCCAAAGAGGAUGGAAAGGAAACUGAAUACACGGUUAUUCCACUGGACGAUCUUUCUGAUCAUCAAUCACAUUGAGGUUGAGAGACUGGCCUUCUGGAGACUUAUCUUUAAAUCACAAGAACGUUUUGUCAAAGAACCAGCAUUUGAUCAAAGAAAAAAACUGAACUGUUGAGCAGAAUUAUUUUUGUGGAUUGUCACAAUUAUGGGCUUUGUUUGAUAGACAAAGCUGUGCUCCAUAAUUUUUCUUUUUAAUGAUGCCUUUCAACAGCUUUAAUAAGAACUGUACUUGAAAUGCAAAAAAUGGCUGAUAUAUUUAUUGCCAUAAUCAACUUGUUUAUUAAUUGUAAGAUAAACAGCUGUUAAGGUUUGGUGCACAAUUGUCUUUUAUUUCAUUUCAAUGAGAAAUGUUUUUAUGUAUAUUAUAAGAUUUUUUUAUUGUAAUUUUCUUGCAAUUCUUUUUUUAAAUGCCUAUUUGUUUUUUUGUUACGUCAGUGUCUUGUCUUUGUAGUAAUCUUAUUGAAGAAUGUAUUGUGAGUUCUAAGUUAUAUGAAGCUGCUCUACUGCUCUCUAGUUUUCAUUAUGCAAGCUGGUAACACUGAACAGUGCUCAGCCUGCUAACUCCACUGCUCUUCUUUUCUCCCACACAGCCCUUCAAAGGUUGUGAAAUGCACUUGCCUCAUAUUCAUUGCAUCCCACAUUGAACAGGAAAUAAACACAACAGUAACUCAUCAGAA